CAGAAGUGCAUAUCGUUGCCACUGCUGCUACUUGAGUUUCUCCUUUUCCUGAAGUUUUUAGGUCAGAAGAACUGCAUACCAGGGACUCCCUCCAGCUCUUCCCAGACCCAGGCCUGUGUGGCUCUCUCUCAGGGUUCUACAAUAGUGAGGAGCAAGUCUGUGAGUGUUCGUGGUAUCUUUAUUCUCUUCACACUUAUUGAAAAGUGUGUAUGGGAGAGUGUGGUGUGUGUGUGUGUCAGAGGACAGAAGAGAAAGGCAGAAAGACUCAUCGAUUCUGCGGCCUCAACUUCAGCCUCCCUUAGCCAGCAGCUUCUGUAGCCAGGCUGGUCUCUCCUGGCGCAUAGCUCCGAGAUGAAGGACCGUUGGAAAAUCCUUAUGGCGGCUCCUCUGUUGCUUCUCCUGCCCCUUCACACCUCGGCCUCUCCAGCUUACGAUGACCAGCCUGCACGACACUCCGAUGGCCACACUUGUGUAGGGUGUGUGCUGGUGGUGUCUAUGAUUGAACAGCUUGCCCAGGUUCACAACUCCACGGUCCAGGCAUCAAUGGAGAGACUGUGCAGCUACCUGCCUGAAAAACUGUCCUUGAAGACCACCUGCUAUUUAGUGGUUCACUUGUUUGGACCAGACAUCAUAAAACUGCUUAGUGCGGAUAGGAAUGCUGAUGUGGUGUGUCACACCCUGGAGUUUUGUAAACAGGACCCUGGCCAACCAUUGUGUCACCUCUACCCCCUUCCCAAGGAGGCAUGGAAACUUACACUAGAGAAGGCAAGACAGAUUGUCGAGAAAUCUCCGACUUUGAAAUAUUCCAGAAGUGGUUCUGAUAUUUGUUCUCUCCCAUUUUUGGCCAAGAUCUGUCAGAAGAUUAAAUUAGCUAUAAAAAAUUCUAUGCCAUUCAAAGACGUAGAUUCAGACAAAUACAGUGUUUUCCCAACACUGCGGGGCUAUCACUGGCGAGGAAGAGAUUGUAAUGACAGCAACGGGAUGGUGUACCCGGGCAGAAGGCCGGACAACUGGGAUAUACAUCAGGAUUCAAACUGUAAUGGCAUUUGGGGUGUGGAUCCAAAAGAUGGAAUUCCAUAUGAGAAGAAAUUCUGUGAAGGUUCACAGCCCAGGGGAAUCAUUUUGCUGGGAGACUCAGCUGGGGCUCAUUUUCACAUCCCUCCCGAGUGGAUCACAGCUUCGCAGAUGUCUUUGAAAUCCUUCUUGAAUUUACCAACAGCUAUUACUGAUGAGCUCGACUGGCCCCAACUCUCUGGCGUUACUGGAUUUCUGAACUCCACUAAUGGAGUUAAAGAAAACUCGAUUUACCUUCGUUUACGGAAAAGAAACCACUGCAAUCACAGGGACUACCAGAAUAUUUCAAGAAAUGGUGCAUCUUCCCAAAACCUGGAGACAUUUAUAGAAAGUUUGUCUAGGAACCAACUGUUGGACCAUCCAGCCAUCGUCAUAUAUGCCAUGAUUGGAAAUGAUGUCUGCAACGGAAAGAAUGAUCCAGUUCCAGAAAUGACCACUCCCAAGAAAUUGUACUCCAAAGUCAUGCAGACUCUGCAGUAUCUAAAUUCUCACUUGCCAAAUGGCAGCCACGUUAUUUUAUACGGCUUACCAGAUGGAACCUUUCUCUGGGAUAAUUUGCACAGCAGAUAUCAUCCUCUCGGCCAGCUAAAUAAGGACGUGACCUAUGCGCAUUUCUACUCCUUCCUGAGCUGUGUCCAGGUCAGCCCCUGCCUUGGCUGGAUGUCUUCCAACAAGACGCUCCGGACUCUCACUACAGAGAGAGCAGAACAACUCUCCAAUACACUGAAAAAAAUUGCAACCAGCGAGAAAUUUACAAACUUCAAUCUUUUCUACAUGGAUUUUGACUUCCGAGAAACAAUUGUUGUACAGGAGAAAAGCCUCCUGUUGAUUGAUUGCCAGCUGAGAUGAUGCUAAUGAAAAGCUUUACAAUGCAUGCAAAGGAUGGAUGAUUUCUCAACCAGAGUGUGUCAUCUCUAUCUCGCCACCACCAACACCCCCCUCACCCCAGCCCAAGCAUCUGGGAUGAAGCAGAUGGCCAUCAUCAAUUGUCAAAUAUUAUAUUAGCUGACAAGUUUUGCAGUGCAGACUCUAGUACUUCAAUUCUGAGCAUCUUUUCAACAAGACUGAUCUCCCCUAACUAGAUUUCCUGCCUAGGUGAUACAUAUUUCUCUCACAGGGAGAGACAUUUUGAUAAAUAACCUCUCAUUAAAAUGCAGAGUUAAAGACUCAUUAAUGAAUUCCUGGUAUAGACAAAUGCACCACCAAGUGAUUUUUGAUCAUGAUCAACCUUGAAUAUAGAUAAAGUUAUUAAAAAUAUAAUAAUGUCUAACAUUCACAUGGAACUUUUUCAUUUUCCAAAGUAAUCUCUAGCUCUGUUAUUUAUUAUCUUUGGGACUGUAGGCAAUUCCCUGAACAUGUCUAAACUCUCCUUUCCAGACCUGGAAAUGGGGAUACCAUAUCUACAUAAAUCUUUAUGAUGAUUAUAUGAAAUAAUGUGUAAUCCUCCUAAAUGCCAUGCUUGGUACAUAGCCGGUACCCAGAAAAUAGUACCAUUCCCUCACCCCCUUGCUACUCAACACGUGGUUCAGAAUGAGCAGCAUCCACACCACCUGGAGGCUAGUUAUAAAUGCAGAACCCCAGGUCCCGCUCCUAAUUAGGACCUACCUAAUCAGAAUCCACAUUUUAACAUAAUUCACAGAUGAUCCAUAACUCACAUUAAAAUUUAAUAAAUGGGGCUCUAUAAUGCUCCAAGAUUAAGAACUUACUCAGUUAGUUAUCAGAUUUUUACUUAGUUCUACUAUGUGCUGUGCAGGUGCUGAGAAUGUAGUUGUCAACAAAACAGAACAGUCCUUAUCUUCGUGCAGGGUAUAGA